AUGCUCUUCAACCAACUUUUGACUGUACUCCCUCUUCUCCUGCUCGUCUCUGCCAGACCUCAACCGAAUCGAAUUAAGAGACAAGGUGGACAAUGUCCUUCAUUCGCUUUACAAGAUUAUGCCGAUUUCCAAAUUUCCGAUGGAGUAGCUGGAGAUGCAGCUGCAGAAGCCAAUGCGAUCUUCGUAGAUCCAUUUGAUGGAUGUGAUCUUUCGACUGUUGAUGCGACCAGUUUAGAUAACAUGUCAACUAUGAGGGAGGCCGCAGAAGAUGCCGAAACAGAAUUGUUCAAUCCUCAAAUCGACGCUGCCACUGGGGCUGAAGCUGAUGCGUUACAAGUGGGUAAAAUCAAGAACAAGGUGCUCAAGUUGACUGCUUUUAGUCAAGUACUGAAUAUCAAGAUUGCCCAAGGUGAUGAUGCGAGCUCUACUAAACUUGAUGAAGAGUCGACCAAGUUAGAUAAGAACAUCGCCACUGACGAAGCUUCCGCUGGAGAGACUUCACAAGCUGCCGUAGGAGGAGGUGGAGCUGCGAAUAACGCUGCCGUCGCUGCUGCUGAUGAUACCGAGUCGACUUCUUCGUCCUCAGCUAGCGGAUCUACUUGCACUUGCGCAAAUUAA